UGCUGUUGGCUGAAUGUGGUUCACAAAGAGAAGAAAAUAUCUGAAUUUGUUUAUCGAAGAAAUUCGCGAAUAUCUUUCCUUUGUCCAUGCGUGUAAGUCAGUUGAAGUUAUUACUUACGAUGUUCACACACACACACACACACAAUGUAAGUAAAAUAAUACAAAAUUAUUAAGCAAAUAUCUGGGCGCGUUGGUCAAGCAAAUUCGGUGCUUUUUUCCAAUCCCAAAAGAGAUAUAUUGUGACAAACGGAGUUUCCUCUUUAAAAAACAUUAAGCUUGUUUACUUUGUAUUCAAUCUCUCGGUUCUGCUCAAUGUAUAUUCACCUGUGGCAUUGUAGCUUAGAAGGGGAGGAGUAAGGCCAUACUUUUAUCACAGAAUUAUCUCGGAUUGAUCAUUCUCCGAUUGUCGACCAUUGUGUUUGGAUCGAACAACCAUGGCGCGUGCAUUGAUUAUACUUUUCCUUGUUCCUAUAGUUACUUCGAAAAUGGUCACAUUGGAACAAGAAGAUUUUGGGUCAUUUAAAGGAGAAACUGUGAAGAGGUUUAUUUGGACAUCUGAGAGCGGAUUCUCCGUUGCUGUCAUCUCCUAUGGCGCCACUAUUCAGUCUAUCCAGGUUCCCGAUAAGAAUGGCGUCAUCGAUGACGUCAUUCUCGGUUUCGACGACCUGGAUGGCUACGUGAACAGGAACAGCCCCUACCUGGGCUCUACCGUCGGCCGCUGCGCCAAUAGGAUCGGGGGAGCAUCCUUCGACAUCGAUGGCGUCACCUACCAGCUUGCUAAGAAUGUGGACACCAACCAUUUGCACGGGGGAAUCGUCGGAUUCGACAAGGUGAACUGGCAAAGCACAGUGGACGGAAACAAGGUUACAUUCAGCUACUUAUCCAAGGACGGCGAGGAGGGUUACCCCGGCGACUUGCUCACUAACAUAGCGGUGGAAGUAUUAGAGGAUGAUACACUUCGCCUAGUAUUCCAGUCUACCACCACCAAGAAAACCGUUGUGAAUCUCACCAACCAUGCGUAUUUCAACUUGGCUGGUCACGGCACUGGCGCAGCUGAGUUGUACAACCACGUCAUCUCUAUGAACGCUAACAAGAUUACAGAGACCAACAACGAGUCGAUCCCUACCGGCUCGUUCAAGGAGGUGGGCGGUACGCCGUUCGACCUGCGCGUGCCCACGCGCCUCGGUGACGUCAUCGAGAACAGUAGCGAACUAUUCGAUAACAACUUCUGUAUCGCUAAUUACGGGGAUAAGCAGGUCACAUUCACGGCGAGGGUGACGCAUCCAGCAUCUGGUCGCUUUUUAGAAGUAUUCACAGAUCAGCCCGGAGUACAGUUGUAUACAGCCAACUUCCUGCCCUCACCGCAAGAUGAAGCCUUAGUAGGCAAGGAAUCGAUCGGUUACCGACGCCACGGCGCCUUCUGUCUGGAGACCCAGAACUAUCCCGACGCAGUAAAUCAUGACAACUUCCCAUCGGCCAUCUUGAAACCCGGUGACGUUUACCUGCACAGGGUGUCCUACCGAUUCGGUGUUGUGAAGUCUGCGUGAGCUGUAACGUUUAAUAAUAAUAAUAAUUGUUUAUUCCAGGCAUAAAAAACCCA